AGAUAACGCAUAAAAUGAAGGCCAAUUGUUCAGUGGAAAUCAGCCAAAGAAAGAAAGUGGUCUCCAACCAAGCCCUUUGGUCCACCUCUACCACCACUCUUCCCUUCAUAAUCUCUUCAUCCCAUCAUUCAUCUCGAUUUCAUCAUCAUCAAUGGCGCCUCCUCCCGAUACCAGCAAAACCGUUAAGCUCGAACGCUACAAUAGUUAUGUUCGUCGACUUCACUUCACUACGCUCUUGCACUCCUCUUCUAAAUUCUUCUUUAGAGCCACCAUUCUGAUUGCACUUGUUCUUAUUCUUUUUUUUACCCUCAAUCAUCCCCGCUUUCUGAUUAUGAUCCUCCUCAUCACCACCGUCACGUUCUUCUCUCCACUUCUUUAUUCCCUCUGUCGGGUCGGCGGUGGUGCCUCCUGGGGAAAGCAGCUGCGCCACUCCGCCACUCCUCGCCGCCCCAAUGGCUUCACUGUGUUGGUUACCGGAGCUGCCGGAUUCGUCGGAUCCCAUUGCUCUCUUGCUUUAAAGAAACGAGGUGACGGCGUUCUUGGAUUGGAUAAUUUCAACGAUUAUUAUGAUCCGACGCUUAAAAGAGACCGGCGAAAGUUACUUCAAAAGCAUCAGAUUUUCAUUGUAGAAGGAGACUUGAACGAUACGCCGUUGUUGAAUAAACUUUUCGACGUGGUACCUUUCACUCACGUACUACACUUAGCUGCACAAGCUGGAGUGCGUUACGCCAUGAUGAACCCGCAGUCUUACGUGGCGUCCACGUGGCCGGAUUCAUCAACCUUCUAG